CCAGGAGGCCUCGGUGACUGCUCGGCUGCUGCGGGAGCCGAGGGGGACCCCGGCCCUCGGCGGGGGGCGGUGGCGCGCGGGCCGGGGUGGCCGCCGGCGGGGCGCGGGCAGGGGGCGCAGCCGCGCUCCUUCCUCUCAGCUGGCGCCGCCUCCGCACACAACGGCUCGGUGCUGCGGGGACCCGCCUGCGCCACUGUCGGCUCCGUCCCGGCGGCCUCCGAGCCCGGCGGCGCCGCGAGCGUCGUAGCGGAGGGCGGUGGGAACUUCGCUCGCCUCCCCCGGAGCCUGGGCUCGACGCUGGCCCGGGCGCGGGAGGACUCCCGGAAUCAGUUUAGACUCGAAAUUCAGAUUUUCCUGGGACUGAUCAGAAGUUAGUGACUACCUGGAUUGAAUCCUGUUUUUUGUCAGGAGCCCAUUUUGCAGCUUUCAACUUCUUGUAGACUGCUGUAAACACUUGUCACAGUUGUUUUUCAAGAAACAGAGUUGCAGCUUCUUCCUCAUAACAGAACUUUUAUAGUUACAUUCAAUGCCUAACGUUGCAGAAGCAGAAAGGGCAAAUGAUUCUGGAAAUGGUGAGCACCAAUCUGAGAGAAAGUCUCCUGAAGAGAAUCUACAAGGUGCUGUACAAUCUUUCUGCACUCGUACCUCAGGAGCGCCCUUGGGUCCCAAAGGAGAUCAUCACUACCCGUGGAGCUGUCCAGUGACCCACACUCGAGAGAAAAUUUAUGCUAUCUGUUCAGAUUAUGCCUUUCUCAACCAGGCAACCUCAAUCUAUAAAACUCCAAAUCCAGCCCGCUCUUCUUGCCUCCCUGAUGGUCCCUCUUUAUCUGCUGGAAACAAUUCAUCAGUGUACAUUGGCAUCCCGACGAGUACAUCAGAAAUCAUCUACAAUGAAGAAAAUAGCUUGGAAAACUUAUCCAAUAGCCUGGGCAAGCUACCUCUCGCAUGGGAAAUUGAUAAAUCUGAAUUUGAUGGGGUGACCACAAAUAUGAAACACAAAUCAGGCAAUGGAAAGAAACAAAUUUGCAAGAAGAAAACUUCAGAUAAAAAAGGAAGACAUCAAAGAGAGUGGCCUCAGUAUUCUCCUCUUGAAGAUAUUAAGCAGCGGAAAGUGUUAGACCUCAGACGAUGGUACUGCAUAAGCCGACCACAAUAUAAGACUUCUUGUGGUAUCUCCUCAUUAAUUUCCUGUUGGAAUUUCUUAUAUAGCACAAUGGGAGCUGGAAGUCUUCCACCUAUUACUCAAGAAGAAGCUUUACAUAUUUUGGGCUUUCAACCUCCGUUUGAAGAUAUUAGGUUUGGCCCUUUCACUGGAAAUACAACACUUAUGAGAUGGUUCAGACAAAUUAAUGACCAUUUCCAUGUAAAAGGAUGCUCAUAUGUUCUGUAUAAGCCUCAUGGGAAGAAUAAAACAGCUGGAGAAACCGCUCCAGGGGCCUUGUCAAAGUUAACUCAUGGACUGAAAGAUGAAUCGUUGGCUUAUAUCUAUCAUUGCCAAAAUCAUUAUUUUUGUCCAAUUGGCUUUGAAGCAACUCCUGUUAAAGCUAAUAAAGCCUUCAGCAGGGGGCCCCUCUCACCACAAGAAGUAGAAUAUUGGAUCUUAAUUGGAGAAUCAAGUAGAAAACAUCCUGCUAUUCAUUGUAAAAAAUGGGCAGAUAUCGUUACUGAUCUAAACACUCAAAACCCAGAGUAUCUAGAUAUCCGGCACUUAGAGAGGGGGCUACAGUAUCGAAAAACAAAGAAGGUUGGGGGAAAUUUGCAUUGCAUUAUAGCAUUCCAGAGACUUAAUUGGCAAAGAUUUGGCCUUUGGAACUUUGGAUUUGGAACCAUUAGACAAGAAUCACAGCCUCCAACACAUGGCCCGGGACUUGCCAAAUCUGAGAGUGAAGACAAUAUCUCAAAGAAGCAGCAUGGGCGUCUGGGACGGUCUUUCAGUGCUAGUUUCCAUCAGGAUUCGUCAUGGAAAAAGAUGUCCAAUAUUAGCAUUUGGUUAAACCAAGCCCUUAAAGGAGUCCGGGAUCACCAUGGGAACUCGAUAGAAAAUGCUCAUCUUCUCACUUUGUUUCAUCGGCUCUGCAAACUCUUGUUUUUUCGAAUUCGUCCUAUUUUUGUGUUUGAUGGGGACGCUCCACUGUUGAAGAAACAGACUUUGGCUAAGAGAAGGCACAGAAAGGAUUUGGCAACCAGUGACUCCAGAAAGACUACAGAGAAGCUUUUGAAAACAUUUUUGAAGAGACAAGCUAUCAAAAGUGCCUUAAAAAGCAAAAGAGAUGAAGCACUACCCAGUCUUACUCAGGUUCAAAGAGAGGAUGACAUCUAUGUUUUGCCACCUUUACAAGAAGAAGAAAAAAAUAGUUCAGAAGAGGAAGACGAAAAAGAAUGGCAAGAAAGAAUGAAUCAAAAACAAGCAUUACAGGAAGAGUUCUUUCACAAUCCUCAGGCUGUAGAUAUUGAGUCUGAAGACUUCUGCAGCUUGCCCCCCGAAAUAAAGCAUGAAAUCUUGACUGAUAUGAAAGAAUUUACCAAGCGAAGAAGAACAUUAUUUGAAGCAAUGCCAGAGGAGUCCAGUGAUUUUUCACAGUACCAGCUUAAAGGUUUGCUUAAAAAAAACUAUCUAAACCAACGCAUAGAAAAUGUUCAAAAGGAAAUGAAUCAGCAACAUUCAGGGCAAAUCCAAAGGCAGUAUGAGGACGAAGGGGGCUUUUUGAAGGAGGUAGAGUCAAGGAGAGUGGUCUCUGAAGACACUUCACACUACAUCUUGAUAAAAGGUAUUCAAGUUAAGGCAGUUGCAGAAGUGGAUUCAGAGUCUCUUCCUUCUUCCAGCAAAGCGCAUAGCUUGUCUUCUGACGUGAAGUCAUCUCCAUGUGAAAAACCGAAGCCAGAGAAAGAGCCUGAUGCUGCUCCUCCUUCUCCAAGAACUGUCCUGGCUAUGCAAGCCGCCAUGCUGGGAAGUAGCUCAGAAGAGGAGUUGGAGAGUGAGACCCGGAGGCAGGACAAGGAGAAGAAUGCACCUGCUACUGUAGAACAAGGCUCCGUAUCACCUCCGACUCUCUUAGCUAUUCGGAAAGCUCUUGAUGAUGAUGAAGACGUGAAAGUGCAUGCUGGGAACGAUGUACAGAAAGGGGGCUUAGAGGCGAAAGAACUGCUUAUGAACCGUUCUGAUGAGGAAACUGAGGAAGGACUUAAAGCGAGAGAUGGAAAAGAAAUGCUGUUGACCACAGUACCUCAUUCAACUGGUGUGACCUUUGUAGAGGAGCAUGUAACCAGCGCAAAUAGUGAAAAAGAGCCCACAGACUCGGCUCAUUUAUCAAGGACUAUCUUUUGUCAAGGCAGUGAAUCUAAUGUUUUAAAAGAACAAAUGCCAUUGGUUCAUAUCGUGAAGGAAGCCUUUCAGACAAGCGAUGAGUCUACAGUUAAGGAUAGAAAAAAUCCAUUUCCUUUACCUGGGCACCAGGGUGAAGGAGAACUGACACCAACACCUCUGACAGGUCCAAGUUCUGUAUCAGGGAAUGAAACACAUACCAAAGUACUUGAGCCACAACAGGAUCUUCAUCCGUCUGAGAGUAAAUAUGAUUCCGCUGUUCUUUCAAGUGAUGAUGAUGCAGAAUGUGAGAAAAAUCCUACUUCUGAAGUCACUGGCACUGUCAGUUUGCAACAAGUGAGUAACACACCAAGCGUCCCUUCAGAGGCUAUAAGUAACUUAGAAAAUGUGGUAUCGUUUAAUGCGAAAGAGCAUGAGGAUUUCCCGAAAGCCAUCCAAGAACGUGAGACAAUGGAAUCUGCAGGCCAGGAUUUAAUUUCAGCUCCAGAAUCCAUGGAACCAGUGGAGAUUGACUCUGAAGAAAGUGAAUCUGAUGGAAGUUUCAUUGAAGUGAAGAGUGUAACUAGUAAUGAUGAACUUCAAGAUGAGUUACACGAAGCUUCCAAACCUCCCUCUGGACAAGGUGAAGAGGAACCGAUAGGAACUAAGAAGGAAGAAGCCACUGGUGACUCUGAAGACCUAAGAGACAACUCUGAAAGCGAGGCCUUGGAUGUUGAGCCACAUGAAGAAACUGAAAAAGAUGCAGACGAUUCAUUCAAUGAAUGGCAGGAUAUUAAUUUGGAGGAACUGGAAACUCUGGAGAGCAACCUUUUAGCACAACAGACUUCAUUGAAAGCUCAAAAACAGCAGCAAGAGCGGGUUGCUGCCACUGUGACAGGACAGAUGUUCCUGGAAAGCCAGGAACUUCUUCGCCUGUUUGGCAUUCCCUACAUCGAGGCUCCCAUGGAAGCAGAGGCGCAGUGUGCCAUCCUGGAUCUGACUGAUCAAACUUCUGGAACAAUCACUGAUGAUAGUGAUAUUUGGCUGUUUGGAGCACGGCAUGUCUACAAAAACUUUUUUAAUAAAAACAAGUUUGUUGAGUAUUACCAAUAUGUGGAUUUUCACAACCAGUUAGGAUUGGAUCGGAACAAAUUAAUAAAUUUGGCCUAUUUGCUUGGAAGUGAUUAUACAGAAGGAAUACCAACUGUAGGUUGUGUUACAGCCAUGGAAAUUCUCAAUGAAUUCCCUGGACAUGGCCUGGAACCUCUCCUAAAAUUCUCAGAGUGGUGGAAUGAAGCACAAAAAAAUAAGAAGAUAAGACCCAAUCCUUAUGACACCAAAGUGAAAAAAAAAUUACGCAAGUUGCAACUCACCCCUGGCUUUCCUAACCCGGCUGUUGCAGACGCUUACCUCAAACCUGUGGUGGAUGACUCCAAGGGCUCCUUUCUGUGGGGGAAGCCCGAUCUUGACAAAAUUAGGGAGUUUUGUCAGCGAUAUUUUGGCUGGAACAGGACGAAGACCGACGAGACUCUCUUUCCAGUAUUAAAGCAGCUAAACGUCCAGCAGACACAGCUCCGAAUUGAUUCUUUCUUUAGAGUAGCCCAACAGGAGAAACAAGAUGCUAAGGGUAUUAAGAGCCAGAGACUUAACAGAGCUGUGACAUGUAUGCUGAGAAAAGAAAGAGAAGAAGAAACCAGUGAAAUAGAAGCAGUUUCUGUUGCCAUGGAGAAAGAAUUUGAGUUCCUUGAUAAGGCAAAAGGAAAAACCCAGAAGAGAAGCAUAGCAAAUGAAUGGGAAGAGUCAUCAAACCUGAAAAGAAAGAGGCUUUCAGAUUCUAAACGAGAGAAUGAAUGUGGGGGGUUUCUGGGGGAGGCCUACCUCUCACAGUCUUCUGAUGCAUCCUCAGGUGAGGAUGCCGAAGGUUUAUCUUUAAUGAACAUGCAGAGGGGAAAAGCAGUUCAGGAGUCAAAAAUCAGUUCUUCAGGUUUGCACAACACAGUGAAACCUGUUUCUGUGAGGGACGAAGGUGCGACUACAAGCAGCUCCAGUGAUGAUGAUGGAGAGAAAGCGAAGCCAGCCCUUGUGACUGCCAGAUCUGUAUUUGGGAAGAAAAGGAGGAAACUGAGAAGGACAAGAGGAAGAAAGAGAAACCUAAUUUAACCAUGUGAAUUCUCUAUAAAUGUUAACCACUUAACAUUGCGUAAUGAAUUUGAUGUGAGGAAAUAAUAAAAUUAAAUGUAUCUGUACAGUCUGUAUUUCAUAUGUGAUUUUAAAAAAUAUGGAUGCUAAACUUUACAUUUAUUUUUCAAUGUGUUACAUUUUCUAGUGUUUUCUACUUCAUUGACUAUUUUCUUGUAUUUAUAAGCUUUGUCUAUUCAUGUUUCUAUUAUCAUACAAUGAUACUUUCUGACAACAUUGAAAAAAAGAAAAAGAAUUUAUAUUGAUCAGUACUCACGCUCGAUAUGCAUCCUUCUGAAUUUCCAGCCUAGGAGAGAAGGAAGAUAUUCGUCUGCUGUGGUUACAGCAAAAUAAUCAGGAAACCUAAAUGGGGUGCAGGAUUCCACCUGUGAGCAUUAACUGUGUGGGAAACCCUGCACCUGCACCGUAAUGUUUGGCUUUUAAAAUACUUCAGUCAUCAGAAGCUGACUUCUGUGUGAGUGGAUGUGGGGGCUCAGGGCUGUAGUUGAACCAGUGUAGGUGGGUCAGCUUUAGGAGUGGCUUCCAGAGGUUGAUUACUAUUAACAGACAUUUCUUCAGAGUGGUCCAGCCAGGGUUGCUUUAUGAUUGCUCCUGCUGAGACCGCUCACAAUAACAACUCCCAAAGUUCUGUUUGCUUAGAGUUGAAAACAAUCUGAGAGCAAUAUUACCAAUUACUUUGAGCUUGAGUUCUUCUGUUUUCAGAGGUAUGCUCUUCCCAAGUCUUUUCUGGAAUCUUUGGUAUUUCCAUCUUUACACAUUUCCUUGCCUCAGCCUUUGAAUAGUUCAAAGUCCUCACCAAUGAAAACCAAGUAUAAAUAAAUACCUUUCAACAAUCUU